AUGGCCUCCCGUGCAACAAAGCAAAGUGUUGCGAGUAAGAGAAGUGGGGAGAAAGACAAUGACAAAAGGCGCAAGGAAGUAAUGCGAGAAUUUGUAAGGGAAUACGGCAGGGGUGUGAGACAAAAAAACGUUCGUUCAAAGAAGAAAAAGACUACAGGAACCCUUCCGUAUUGCUUGGACAUGAGACCAGCCGCCGUUACCGCCUCGGAAGAAGUGGAGGACAUCGUGUUAGAAUGCCAGGCUGUCAAUGCGCCCAACGUUAAUCGAGGCAAUUCAGUACGGGUUAGGGUUCUGUACCGCAUGGAUGACGUCGUCGCCAUCAUCCACAAUUUAAGAAGGGAACCAUCCCCGUACUGGCCGGGUUAG